UUCUAAAUUUAAAUUGUGGGCUGUAUGAUCUGUGAAAAACUUGGGCAUUGGGCUACCUACAGUACAGAGCCAUUCUGUAAGAUCUAUUCAAAAAUGAGCAGAAGUCUCAGUCCAUUUAGUUAUUGGUAUCAUCGAAUAGAGCAGAUAUUUAACACAGCAAUCAACGCCGGAGCAAUUUUUGGUCUGAGGAACUGCUCGGAGUGACCCAUUUCUCCUCUCCAUCUCAUAUCAUUCAGCUACACUGGAAGCCCACAGAUGACUUCUCUUUCAAGUCCCUUCCUUCCAUUCACAACUCCUCAAACGUCUGGUUCUUCUUUGAAGCCAUCUAAUCCGAGUAUUUCAUCCAUUAGCCCCUGUAAUCUCUCCAGUAAAUCAAAGCGGCUACCUUCCAUUCAAGCAAGGUACAAUGUCAGUGUCUCAGUUAGUGGCGAAAGGGACUUAUCAAGUAGUGCAGGUAUCUUUAUCGGUGGCUUUGUAUUGGGAGGAAUAGCGGUUGGAACAUUAGGCUGCAUCUAUGCUCCACAGAUCAGCAAGGCGCUAGCUGGAGCUGAUAGAAAAGAUUUGAUGAGGAAGCUGCCAAAGUUCAUAUAUGAUGAGGAAAAAGCUUUGGAGAAGACUCGGAAAAUUCUGACUGAGAAGAUUGCACAGUUGAAUUCUGCAAUAGAUGAGGUUUCUACUCAGCUGCAUCCAGAUGAUACUCCAAAUGGAAGUACAGUGAAUUCAGAUGAGAUCGAAGCCUCUACAUGAGAAAAUGUUUAUCAAAAGUUUCAGACACAAAUUUUCUUUUAUCUGUGCUUGGAAUUAGAAAUAUGGUAUAUCUCAAAAAUGUUAGUUUCACUUCCAAUUGUAGUUUUAUUUUUUGCCUCUUUCUUGUUCUUUUUUGAGGGCGAUUAAUGAUCAGAAUAAUAUUAAUGUUGUUAUACUGUUCUGCUUUCAACAUGUAGUAUUUUCUUUUUA